AUGUCAGAAUGGCACCACAGAACCGAUGCUAUACACUGGUAUAUGCAGGAGUUAUCGUCAAGAGUGGUUGCAGAAUCGGGAAUUCCUGGCGACAGGUACCAUCUUGGUAAAUUGACUCUACGAGGCUUUAAAGACGCUCCAGACUUUCUUUUACAGAUCGACGGAGCAACAGAUGAAAGAGAAAACUUUGGAUCAGCACUAAAAAGAUCUGUACAAUGUGCAAACGCAUUCAGAAAAUUCGGUGUAGAACAAGGAGAUGUUAUAAUACUAAUGGCGCCAAACAAUAUUCAUCUAACUAUACCGAUGUACGCCGCUUUUUAUCUUGGGAUCGCUGUCUCCGGAAUUGAUUGUACCUUGGGAGUUGCUGAGCUCCGUGAUACCUUCCAAUUAAAUGAACCAAAAGUAAUAUUCUGCCUAAGUGAGAGAGCGGACGAAGUUGCAUCAGCAUUAGAUGGUCUGCAAUUCAAAUCAAAAAUAAUCACAUUUGGAAAGGCAGAUGGAUUCACUAGUUUUUCUGAGCUGCUUGAAAAUUAUGGUAGUGAUACGUCCGUUGAAGAUUUUAAAGCUGCAGACUUCGACACCGAUAACACAAUUGGGUUGCUGAUUGCAACAAGCGGCUCAACUGGGUUACCAAAAUCGGCAGCUUGCACCCACAAGAACUUGGCUAUCUCUGUUCCAUAUAAGUGGCUCACUUUCGACCAGUUCCCGGUACCAACUCGGUUGCCAGUGGUCCUCUCACCAGUCCAGUGGUUUUCUGCACUGUUCCUGUUUGUUUCCUCUCCGAUACUAAGACACACGCGACUUCAGUCUUCCCAACCUAUGACGCAGAAGCACGCUUACUAUAUCAUCAACAAGUACAAGCCAACAUUUACCAUGACGAGCCCGAACAUGUUAACUACUCUUUUCAAGACAGGAGAUCGUGAGAUAUGUGACUUCACCUGUUUCGAACUCAUUAUUGCGGGAGGAAGUGGCGUUCAUCCUAGUCUAGUUAAGCAAAUGAAGGAAGUUAUGCCCAACACAAAAGUAAUGGUUAUGUACGGCUUAAGUGAGUUAUCAGGAAUGGCUUUUAACUAUGAUGGAUGUCGGCCGACGUCGCUUGGCAGGCCAAUACAGAGCGUAAAAGCAAGGCUUGUAGACCCUGCUACGCUCGAAGACAUAACAGAGCCAAAUGUAACCGGAGAAUUCUGGGUCAAAGGACCCACUGUUUUUAAGGGAUAUUAUAACAAACCAGACAUAACAGCGCAAGCUCUGGUCGAAGGAGGUUGGCUGAGGACCGGGGACAUGAUGUAUAGAGACGCUGCCUACAACUUCUACUAUGUUGACCGUCUGAAGCUGUUACUUAAAUAUAGAAAUCACCAGAUAUCUCCAUUAGAAAUAGAGAGCGUAAUAAUAAAGCACCCAGACGUGUUCGAAGUAGCGGUCACUGGAAUAAAACACGAGGAGCACGGAGAUCUGCCAGUUGCCUGCGUUGUUCUUUACGAGGGAUCCAAGGUCACAGCACAAGAAAUCAAAGAUUUUGUUAAAGAAUCACUGACCGACUCGAAACAACUGAGAGGUGGAGUAAUAUUCUUGAAAGAGUUGCCACUGACGUCCACUUCGAAGAUUGAUAGACAAAAACUUCGAAAGUUGGUUUAUUCGUUGCCCCGAGAGUAAUGGAGCUACUUUUGUGAUGCAUAGAUUGAACUAACGCGACAUGGGUUUCAAAAAUCUUGG